GCACUGAAGAGACAAAUUGAAUGCGGCCGCUACAUGACACAUAAUGAAGGUCUUAGCCUCUUCGGUGGACCCAAGAAUGUUGCUCGGGAUGUUGGAGAAGAAGGAAGCGAAACUGACUCCACUCAGGAGUGCAUUUAGAAAAAGUGAGUUCAAUGCACAAUCAGUGCUUGAAAGUUUGUUGGAAAGGAAACAAAGGGAAGAGGUUAGAGAUUGCUCUUUGUCCGAUAGUGUGGAUGUCAACUUCCAAGUGCUCACGUACCCUCUCACGACUGAAUCGGCCAUGAAGAAAAUCGAAGACAACAACGCGCUUGUGUUGAUUGUCGACGUGAGGGCCAACAAGAAAAUGAUUUCCAACGUUGUGAAGAGGAUGUAUGAUAUCCAGUGCAAGAAAGUCAACACGCUUAUCCGGCCGGACGGACAGAAAAAGGCUUACGUGCGAUUAACGUCGGAUUACGAUGCGCUGGACAUCGCGAACAAGAUCGCCUUUUUCGAAGCGCGACGUGUUGUUCCUCCUGUUCCAGGAUUCGGUAUCUGCGCACACAUGGACAACGGAGGAGCACAUCAUCGGCAGCGCAACGGAGGAGACGAGGUCGUUGACGACGUGCUGUUCAUGACCGUCACGGCGAUUAUCCAGUGGAUGAACAAGCGAAAUGCAGUAGUCAUGGUUGUGCUGCAGGCUGCAGCCUCCAUGCCUGUAUUCAAUGCCAACUCGCAGCAGUGCUUCGUACUCCUUGCAGGAUGUGUGUGCCACACCAUGGCUGUUCAGUGGCUGGCGAUGAGGAAUAUGGAGAGGGUGAUGGAUCAUGGAAGGAGGAUUUGGGUGUUCGAGCGGAGCGGGGGGGUUUGGAAGGACCUACAGCGUGUGGGCAAUCGUCAUGACAAGGUUUUUGUGAGAUUCUGCAGGCUGCCACGUCCACUCUUCCAUGAAGUGCUUCAGCUCAUUGGUCCUCACAUACAGCGCCAGACCACGAAUUGGAGACAACCUCUGCCGGCGGAGCAGAAAUUUGCAUGUGCCCUCAUCAGGUGGGCGACUGGUGGUUGCUACAGGCAGUCAGGUCACGGGCUGGGCAUAGGUCUUAUGAGUGCGCUGCGAAGCAACAAGGAUGUGGCUGAAGCUAUCGUGAGGGAAUACGCUCAUGUCAUCUCCUUUCCACAGGGACGACGUCUAGAGGACUGCCUCGAUCACUUCGAACACAAAGGCUUUCCUGGAGUGCUUAUGGGUUCGUUAUCCGGGGCGUCGCAAGACAUGCUCACCGGAUGCUCGGGCAUCGCCGGGAAUGGGUACCCCUCCGCGGGCGGUCGGAAGCUGUUUGAGGGAGGCGUGUCCGGAGGCACGUAUGGCGCUGCAUUCGACGGUGGCCUUCCUCCAUUGUCGAAACGCGGGCGUUCGAAGUGACCGGCCAUCCCAUAGCCUCGGCAGUCGUUGCGCUGAUCAUAAAACGCCGCCUCCCCGGCCAUUGGUGGAUGCAUUCCUGUCG